UUAGAUUUUCUAUUUUUUUCUACUUGUGUUUUAUUCUACUUUUUGUUCUAAUUUAAUUGUUUCGAUAUUCUAAUAGUAAACAAAUUGUUCUUUUAGUGUUGAUUGUGUUUUUUUUCCGGAAUUUAAUUGUAGUGAUUGUGGACAAUCAACUAAAUUCUCAUCAUCUCUUUUCCUCUGUUAACUUUUGUUGCUUUCUAAUGGUUUUUGUUUACUUCUAAUUGACCAUAAAAAGGAUUACUUCAAGAGCGAAAUCAUCAAAAUUUUCUUAAUUAACUAAUUGUCGGCAUCAAAUAAUGACUUCUAGAACUAGAUAUGGGUCGGAGGCCAGUUCCAUUCGAUUAUCAACUAAAUCAGACAGACGAAUCUGGGGUCAAGUGACCUCUCCAUCAGUUGCCAGUGGUGAUUAUGAGACGGGUAAAGGAGAUGCCGAAGGUGAAUCAAGUCCAUCGACAUUUUCCCGUCGAGAUCAAAUAUUAUUCAUUUUCGCUCUGGUUUAUGCCAAUUUUGCCGAAGCUGCUUGUUAUUCACUUCAAGCACCAUUUUUCCCGAAAGUGGCCGAGCAAAAAGGAGCCUCACCAGCGGUCUAUGGGUUUAUCUUUGGAAUCCUUGAGGUCACAAUCUUAUUGACCUCACCAAUUUUUGGGAAAUUAGUCGCUUACAUAUCUUGUAAUAUUUUGAUGCAAUUUGGUCUUGCACUUUCUGGUUUAACUAUUAUACUUUUUGGGUUUACAAUUUAUUUGCCUUCAGGGUGGAUUUUUAUUUCAGUUUGUUUCAUCAUUCGGAUUAUCGAUGGACUCGGUGUAUCCGCUAAUCUCACCUCAAGCUAUUCAGCGAUGGCCAAACAAUUUCCCGACAGAAUCGCUCUUGUUUUUGGGCUUCUUGAAGUGGCCUUUUCAUUGGGCUCAACCCUUGGACCCACUUUGGGUGGUUAUCUUUACGAGGUCGGAGGGUAUCCGUUUCCUUUCUUGGUUCUUGGGUUGAUCCUUUUCUUUGCCACUUUCAUUAACUAUUGCUGUUCACCUAAGAUUGGUACACCUGAAGUACGACGACCCGUUGCUUUGUCCACAUUUUUGGCCGAUUUCGAAACUAUUGUUGAUCUUCUUGGUAUUUGUAUUACCUUUGUAAACUUGGGUCUAAUUAAUGUCCUUCUUGAGCCUCAUUUACGAAGUUUCAAUUUGUCACCAGUCACUUUGGGUCUUGUUUUUGUCACUGAAGGUCUUGCAUAUGCGAUUUCUAGUCCCAUAAUGGGCUGGAUCGUUGAUCUCGGAGUUCCUCCAAAAGUUAUGAAUCUCAUUUGUUGUCCAAUUUCAUUUGUUGGAGCUUUGUUCUUGGGUCCGAUUCCCUUGUUUCAUUUUGAACAAGAGGUUUGGAUCAUUGUGGUCAGUUUGAUAUUAAUCGGCAUCGGAGAAGCCGGAAGAGCACUUUGUGGUUUCGUUUCGAUGAAAAAAGACACAAUCACCCGUCGAGGUUUCCUCGAAAACAUUGAGACUUAUGGUCUUAUUACAAGCACUUUCUUAUCAUGUACCAGUGUUGGUUUCGCUCUUGGACCUUCACUUGGAGGAAUCGUCAUGGAAGCAUCAGGAACACAAGUAACUACUCUUCUCAUCGUUGGAACAAACGUUUUUAUGGCUAUUCUACUUACCAUCAAUCUAAUUUAUCGAGCUGGUCGAAAGUCAGAAUCGGACUUAAAUAAACUGACCGAAAGUUCAAUGCUGCUCAACAAUCAAAAUCCAUCUCAACAACAAUUAACUUCAUAAAAUUUUUUCGAUUUUUUUUCUCUUUUUUCAAAAUCUUUUCUUUUUUGUGAAUUUUUAGCUUCAAAUCUAUUAAAAUUUAUUUCUUUCUAAA